AGCAGCUCAUCCAGAUUUGCUGGUCAGACAGGUAAAGCCAGAGGAGGUGUCGGCUGCCACUUUAAGCCCGAGAGGUGUGGUGCGAGACGAACAGAAAACAGCAACAGGAGCAGAGAAGAGAAGGAGGAGAAGCGUGAAAUAACACAGGUGCUCCCACAUCCUGACUGAAACAGCCUAGUUCUUGGAUCCAGUUGAGAUUGGUGGACAUUACUAGAGGGAGAGAGAAAGAAAGAUGGCCGAGGCCCCGAAGAUUGAACUCUUCGUUAAGGCCAGUAUAGAUGCUGAAAGUGUGGGGAACUGCCCUUUCAGUCAGAGGCUCUUCAUGAUUCUUUGGUUAAAAGGUGUCAACUUUACCCUCACCACCGUAGACAUGAAGAGGGCACCAGAUGUGCUAAAAGCUUUGGCUCCGGGCUCUCAGCCUCCUUUCCUCAUCUUCAAUGAUGAAGUCAAAACUGACACAAACAAGAUUGAGGAGUUCCUGGAGGAGAACCUAGCCCCACCGCAGUACCCAAAAUUGUGCUGUCGAUACAAAGAGUCCAACGGUGCUGGAGAAGACAUCUUCCGAAAAUUCUCGGCCUACAUUAAGAAUCCCAAUCCUGGAUUAAAUGACAUGCUUGAGAAAAAAUUUCUUUCCACUCUGGUGAAGCUGAACAUGUACCUAGAGACACCUCUUACCCACGAACUAGACCAGAAACCAGACAUGACUGAGUCUUCCCGCCUCUACUUGGACGGAGACUCGCUCACCCUGGCAGACUGCAACCUGCUUCCCAAACUCAACAUUGUUAAGGUGGUAUGUAAGGAGUACCGUAACUUCAGCAUCCCUACAGAGCUGAAAGGACUGACACGUUACUUGAAAAAUGCCUACAAACAGGACGAGUUUCGCUACACCUGCCCGAAUGACUCUGAGAUUCUCCUCAGCUACCGGUCCGCAGCCAAGUACCUGAACAAAUAGACCAAGAGGCAAUGAUGGGGCAGCAUAAGUAAAAGCAAAGUGUGACUAUGAAAAAGAAAUGCAGGAAACAUACAAAAUGUCUGAAAGCUAUAAUACAUUUACAUAUGAGCUAUAAUAUAAUACAUUUGCAUCAAAAUGAUAUGACUCCGCUUCAUUCAGAUUUGAAGUUCUCAACGAUCUGUCUUCUAUAAAAAUGAAUUAGAAAGUGUUUUGUAUAUACUUGUAUGUACUAUUGUCUGUACUGAUGUGGAUUUCUUAUACAGCCCCUGAAAGAGGAAAAAAAGCACUGUAAAUCCCACAGACCGCCAAUGCUGUGUUUCACUGUGUGUGUGUGUAUGUAUUGUAUCAUAUUGUUAGUUAAACCUGAGGUGAAUUCAGCUUUUAAACCAGAUGUUAUUUUCACAUGUUCCAAAAAACACUACCUUCAAGACCACUCAAAACCAAAAAGUCACGGCUUUGUGAAUCACAUCAUGUACCUCAGUAGUGACAUAAUUAUUUUUAACUUAAGCAUUUAUUUAACAGAAUAAAGAUGGUUAAGGGAAACAAAGAUAUUUUGAUGCAUUAUGGAAGAUAAAUAAAAUAAAAACUGUCACUGGUAUAUGAGGAUUGUGUGAGCGUGUAAUGAUGAUGAAGUAAAUGUCAUUAAAAAAAAUUAUACUGUG